AUGCAAAUCCAAGCAUUGCUCUUGACCUGGGCCGCGUGCACCAUGGCACAAAGCUACGACGUGGACUUCCAAAUCUACCCCAACCAGAACUGCCAAGGCGGCGGCUCGACGGAAAUCCUAGCGAAUGCCGUCACCAAGAGCCCGUUCUUCCCCGACCAACGAAGCAUCAAGGUCUACUCGAUCCGCAACGGCAAGCAUCUGGUUCUGUACAAAGGUGGUUCGCAGACGGGAGCCGCGCAGCGGUUCUAUGAUUCUGUUGAGUGUGUUAAUGGCGACUGGCUUAGCUAUGGGGUUUACAAUGGCGGUCCGUAG